GCGACUACUUCUUCGUUUUUGGCGGUGGUAGGAACCAUGGCGGAAAAUUUGAAAGAGUGCAGAGUCCCCUGCAAGGCCACCACAGACGAGCUGGAGUCCCUCUGCCGUGUGGAGGGAGUGACGUGCAAAGAUCUGGGAAUUAGCAAGAACAACCUGACUGAAUAUGAAGUGGAAUAUCUAUGCAGCUACAAAAGGGUAGUCCCAACAGAAAAGCUAAAGAAUGGAAUGACUCCACCGCCACAGGAGCUAUUCCUCGUGAAGUGGCGUGGCUUCCCAGAGUCCAUGAACACGUGGGAGCCGCGCAAAAACCUGAAGUGCGUGGAGCUCCUGAGCCAGUUCUGGGAGGAUCUGAUCCUAGAGAUGCGGCGGCAGAAGCGGCGUGCUGUGCCCCGGCGCUUGGACCCCGCCACAGCCUCCUACAUGGUGCAGCGCGCCAAGCUGCACGUUACUCUGGGGCACUGGGAGCGCAAGCUGACGGCGCUCAACCUGCAGCGCGGUGGAGGGCGCAUCUUUGUGCGCAACCACGUGGACCUGGAGGGCCCGCCUCGCCACUUCACCUACAUCAACGACUACAAGGUGGGCGAGGGCAUCUCGCUGACCGAGGUGGCGCUCGGCUGCGAGUGCACAAACUGUCUGGAGGAGCCGGUGAACGGCUGCUGUGCCGGCGCCUCGCAGCACCGCUUCGCGUACAACGAGCUGGGCCAGGUGCGCCUGCGGCCCGGCAUGCCCAUCUACGAGUGUAACAAGCGCUGUCGCUGCGGGCCCGAGUGCUCCAACCGUGUGGUGCAGCGCGGCAUUCGCUACUCACUCUGCAUCUUUCGCACGGACAACGGUCGCGGCUGGGGCGUUCGCACCAUGGAGCGCAUACGGAAGAACAGCUUCGUCAUGGAGUAUGUGGGAGAGAUCAUCACAACAGAGGAAGCGGAGAGGCGAGGUCAAAUCUAUGACAAAGAAGGAGCCACGUACCUGUUCGACUUGGACUACGUGGACGAUGAGUACACUGUAGACGCAGCCCACUAUGGCAACAUCUCCCACUUUGUCAACCACAGUUGUGAUCCAAAUCUUCAAGUCUACAACGUUUUCAUUGACAACUUGGACGAGAGGCUACCUAGGAUAGCCUUUUUCGCCACGCGCAGCAUCAAAGCCGGAGAGGAGCUCACCUUCGACUACAAAAUGCAGAUUGAUCCAAUGGAUGCCGAGAGCACAAAGAUGGACUCUAAUUUCAACGUGACCGGGCUCCCCGGCUCCCCUAAGAAACGCAUGCGCGUGGAAUGCAAGUGUGGAGUGGAGUCCUGUCGGAAAUACCUCUUCUAGUUUGGUGAUGCCAAAAAAAAAAAAACUCGAACUGGAUACCAAAACCAUCAUCAAUUCCAUUUGUGUGGAGAACAUGAUUGCAUGAAGAAUGUUUUUAUUCAACGAUCUUUACGACAUAUUAGCUUAAACUGACAUGUAUGUAUGUGCCUUCUUUCUUUCUUUUCUUUUCUUUUUUUUGGAGAAAAAGUUGUCUUCUCAAGUAUGUCAAAGGACUACAUCCAUAAUGCUUCUGUUCGAACAAAAGAUCUCUGUAGUUCAUAUUUUAUAUACAUUUUUUACCCCCCAUGGAAACCGUUGUGUAAAUAUGUAAAGCACUUUUUUAGGUACAAAUAGAUUUGCUGUUAUUUAUGUCAUUCUCAACCCCC